AUUGCAUGAAGGACUCACAUACAAAAAAACCUAAAACACUCAAGUAUAUUCACUUUCGCAUCUCUUGCAUUCAAAAUAUUCUAAUCAGAACUGAAGGCGCUCUGAUUUUGUUGUUUUACUGUUUUUUCCAUUUGUUAGCACACACACACACACUCUCUUACUCUAUUGCUUAAUCUUCCGUAGACGCCGUUACCGACGUUGUCCGUCGUCGUUGCUUCUCCUAUUGCGGUUUCAAACUCCCUACAUCGUAUACAUGUUGUACAAAUAGAAGUUCCUUUUUUCAAUGUUGCUUGUUUCAUUACUUAAUCGCUCUUCUUCUCUUUGUUUGUUGUGUGUGCGUCUGUGUGUCUGUUUCUGCGAGAAUCGAGCAAUAUUGCACAAACACCAAAUAUAUAUAUAUAUAUAAACAUUUGAAAAUGGCGUCGCGGCGUUAAUAUUCAUUCGCAUAGAUUGUCCAAUUUUAUUUAAAUUCGAUUUCGAAUUUGAUUUGUUAUUCUGUUAUCGUCACUUAAAUAAGGUGCCAAAAAGCAGUGUUUUUCUUUCGUGCAUUGUUUCUUUUGUGUGUGUAUCUUCGCAGCUAAAAUAAAGCGCCUAAAUUUAUGCAAUCUCGAUUCAUAAACAUCGCACAGAAAAAGUGAAGAAAUUGAAAUAAAAAAAAAACAAGAAGGAAAAAGAGACGAGUGGAAAUUUGACAACGAAUCAUUAAUUAAACAGAUCACAAAUACACAGUUAUAAUAUAGAUGUGAUAUUUUGUGAUUGGACAUUGCAAUAAAGUCAGAUAGAAAUAUAAAUACGCAAGUGUGACGAAAAGGACAUUUUAUGUGCAAAAAUAAUGACCGGAAUAUCGCAACAGUUUUGUGUUCGCUGGAACUCUCAUUUGGGUAGUUUGGGGGCUGCAUUUCCACAGCUAUUGGCUGGUCAACAAUUCGUGGAUGUAACAUUGGCAUGUGAUGGCCAUCAGGUUCAUUGUCAUCGUUUAGUAUUGGCCGCAUGUUCUAGCUAUUUUGAAAGUUUGCUCAGUGAAAAUCCAUGCAAACAUCCCAUCAUCAUAUUGCCAAAAGAAAUAAAACUUUGGGAGAUCCAUGCGUUGGUCGAUUUCAUGUACAAAGGGCAAGUGAAUGUAUCACAGGCCGGUUUGCCACAAUUAUUGAAAUGUGCCGAAACGCUUCAAAUACGCGGUCUAUGUGGCACCGAAUCAUCGCUCAAUGAAGUGGCCAAUGGGAAAAUUGACCGCGAUCCAAAUAUUCUGUCAAACAGUAACAACUGUAGUUCAAAUUUUAAUUUCACCUCAAUGUUUGCAUCGAAUCUAUUGAAUGCAAAUUAUUCAAAUGCAGACGAUGAACAACAAUUUCGGCAGCAGCAGCAACCACAACAGCAACAACAACAUUCCGAUUUACAACGUUGUUCAACAUUUCCCACCAUCGACAAUGCCAAAUCAAUAAAUCAUCGCUCAAAUGAAAUUCUAGUCAAAGGAAAAACACCAAAAAAUACACAAACCGAUAAAAUAACCAAAGAACAUUGUAACGCUGCACCGAUAGCGGUAGCCAAGAGCAGCAGUCUGAAACGUUUAAGCGAUAAUGAGGCCAGCAACACUGGUUCCAGUGAAAUGAAUAUUAAAUGCGAAGAAGUUGAUUCGGAUGCGAAUGCAAUUGAUGAUGGCAUUGAUGAUGAUAUCGACGAACAUUCAAAUUCAAAACAAUCGGAAUAUGCGAUGCAACAAGAUGCCAUUGUCGUCGAUGACAAUGAAUUGCAUGUUAUUUGUGAUGAUUCAAAAGAAACAACAGUCGAUGAUACAUCAUCACACAAUAAUAUCGAUGCAGGUGGAUCCAAUUCAAGUGCACAAAUUCAUGAUAUAUUCACCAACGAUAUGGAUUCGAUUUCAAUCACAAAAACUGAUUCAAUUGAUGAGGUAAAUAUGUGCUAUAGCCCCGGCUGGAGUUUACAGGGUGGUGGUGGUGGUGACAAUGAUGAUGAAUUAAACGAACCAAGUGCUCACGCUCAAAUCGAAGGUUUUGAUUGUGAUUUAACUCAAUCACAAUUGCCCACCUCAUUGAAAUUCAAUCGGAAUACGAUGAGCAUUUUUGUAAAAAGAACCAGUGGCAAAAUGGAUGAUCGACCAAAAUCAAGCAUUAACAAAACCCGUCAUCAAAAUGAAUACACUGAAAAUAGUGAGAAUAUCGUUUGUUCGCCAAAUUUCAAUGUGGAUGGUUCAAUUGAUUUUGAUACCACAAAUCAAAUACAGAGCAGUAGUAAUGGACACUUCGAGCAAUCAUAUUUCAAGGCACGGCGAACCGAUGCCAAUCGAUAUCGAAGAAAAUACGAUUCGAUUGAUGAUGAUGGCGGUGACGGUGGCGAAGAUGACGAUGAUGAUGUAUUAUUGAGACCAAGAGCGAAACGAAGUGAUCGUCUCAUGGAAUUGUUACAAUGCCGCGGCGAUCCAAUGCGAAAUGCCGUUAUUUUGCGAAAUCCACGUGGUAAUCAGCCACGCUCUUACACCACAGAUGCACUUUAUACAGCUCUAAUGGACGUCAAAAAUGGUGAAUCAAUUUAUCGUGCAUCACAAAUUCAUGGUGUGCCACGGAAAACACUGCGAAAUUGGAUGAAACGAUGGCACAUUAAAUCCGUGUAUCCGAUGCCGUAUCAAUUGAAAAAAGCCGCCGAAAAAAAGCGAAAUAUUAUUCAACAAAGCGAAACACCAACUACAUCGACAACAACAACAAAUCCACAUGAAUUAUCAUAAGCAUAUGUGCUGAAAGACCAGCUUAAACAACAAUUGUCACUUUUUUUCUUUUUUUGAUUCAAUGAUCUUGUAUAGAUUAUGAUUGAAAAUGACGUAUCCCAAUCUAUCGAAAUGAUUUUUAAGUAGCGCCGAUAUAUGUAGUUGAAUAAUUGUGAAUUUUUUUGUAUUGUGUUCGGUGUGAAUCAUGAAUAAGAGUGAUAUUUAUCAAUAAAUUGCUUAUUAUUGUACCUCUA